AUGAGAGACCACUACGACUUCUCGAAGGGGGGGCGCAAUCCGUAUGCGAAGCAUCUCAAGCGACAGGUCACGAUACGACUGGACCUGGACACGCUGGAGUAUUUCAAGACACUGGCAGCGGACAGCCGCGUUCCCUACCAGACGCUGAUCAAUCUCUAUCUUCGGGAGUGCGCCACCAGCCGCAAGAAGCUCGUCUUCCGGUAG